UUAAGAAUAGGAAUAUCAACAUGGAAGCAGACGAACUAAGAUAUGAAGAUUUAGCUUCUGAAGACGCUGUUGCUCUCAUCUAUUUUGACGAAGAAAAAAAAGGUAUCAUUUCCUCUAAUUUCAGUAUUGACGGGUUUUAUAGAAUUUGUUGUAAAUCAAGACGCAAUAAAGUUCUUGAGAACUAUUGAAGCUCCAUUAGGAGUUAUUGCUGUUGCUGGCAUGUACAGAACUGGAAAGAGCUACCUUUUGAACAGAGUUCUGCUCAACAGAAACUCAGGGUUCGGAGUAGGCAAUACAGUAAAUGCUUGCACCAAAGGUAUAUGGGUAUGGAAAUAAAGUAGUGAAAGGAAGAACGCCUGAUAAAGAAGACAUUAACGUACUAGUAUUGGACUCUGAAGGACUUGGAGCUCUUGAUGAAGACAGCAACCAUGAUGUGAGAAUCUUCUCACUUGCUAUUUUGCUCUCAUCAUAUUUCAUCUACAACAGUAUGGGAAGUAUCGACGAAAAUGCGCUACAAUCACUUUCUUUGGUGGUUCAACUUACAAAGCACAUCCAAAUUAAAUCAAAUGGAAUGUCCCAGGAAGUUGAUCCAGAAGAAUACUCAAAGUACUUCCCAAGUUUCAUGUGGGUCGUUAGAGAUUUCAGCUUACAGUUGGUAGAUUCAGAAGGUGAAUCAAUUACAUCAAAAGAUUAUUUGGAUAAAGCUCUUCAUGAACAGAAAGGAUUUUCUGAAUCAGCCGAGCAAAAGAACAGAAUCAGAAGACUUCUAAGAUGCUUCUUCAAAGAAAGAGACUGUUGCACUGUCGUCAGACCAUCUACCAAAGAAGAAGAUCUUCAGAAUCUCGAGACUUGUGACUUCGAGAGUCUCCGUGCUGAAUUCAGGUCUCAAAUAUCUUCGCUCAGAGCCAAAGUUAUGAAGAGAAUUAAGCCCAAAACUCUCUUGGGUGGCCCGGCUUUGUCAGGUCCGAUGUUUGCAGACUUGGUUACCAGCUACGUGACUGCUAUCAACAAGGGUGCUGUGCCCAACAUCGAAAACGCCUGGACCUACAUCAGCAAAGGAGAAUGCCAGAAAGCGCUAGAAAAAGCUUAUGAAUCUUUCUGCGAAGACCUCACCAGUUCGUUCGAAAUGCACGCUCCGCUGUUCGAAUACGACCUCAAGAACAUGUACAAAGAAGCCAAGAACUCUGCAAUGACAAUGUUUGCUCAGAACUCUGUCGGAGAUGUCUCAGAGCAGUACAAAGAUGACCUCAAAGCCAAGAUGAAGGAGAAGUACAGCCAGAUCAGAGCUGAGAACGAGAAGAUCACCAAGACUGAAGCUGGAGUGUUCCUUCAGAACUUCUUUGCUCCGAUCGAAGACAAACUUAGAAACCAAGAGUAUGCCAACUUCCAUCAAUAUGAGCAAGACGUGGGUGAAAUAGAAGCUGCCUUCAUGGACAGAGGGCCUUGUGGACCCAACAGAGAAGCUAUCUGCAAGAACUACGUCAUCAAUGCACUGACGGAUGGAGCUGCUUACUUCUUGAGGACAACCGAGAACGAACUCAAGCUGCAAACCACACUCGGCAAAGAGGCUCAGGAGAAGCUUGAAGCAAGAGUCCUUGAACUCAAGAGCGACCUCAACCAGUGAAAAGAUGAUUACGAAGGCAAAAUGAGGUCUUCCGAGAACGAGAAGGCCCAACUCAUUGCCAAAGAGCAGGCCAUGCGCGAGAGCCUUGCUGACGUCAAGAAGGAGAAAGAGAGUGCAGAGCAGGAGUGGAAAGCACGCCUCCAGACCGAAAAGACUGAGUCCCACAGACUUGUUGAAGAAUAUAAGGGCAGAAUGGUUUCUAGCGAAGAGAACGCUAAAGAGUCUCAGAGACGCAUGAUGGCCACUGAGUCUGAGAGCGACAAGCAGAAGGCCUUGCUUGAACAGAAAGUGGAGUUCUUGGAGAAGUCAAUCGAAACUUCCAAACAGAAAGAAAAAGAUUACCAAACAGAAAUCAAGAAUCAGAAGAAAGAGUUGACAUCAUCAUUGAAGGAGAGCAACUCGAAGUAUGAGGAGAAGAUCAACGAGCUCAACAAGAAGCUGGAUGAUGCUCAGGAUGAGAUUACAGAAAAGGACAACAAAAUUUCAGAACUAGAACAAAAGAAUUAUGUAUCCAAUUCUACUAUCAGUGAGAAAGAUAUUGAACUCAAGAAUUUACGCUCUAUUGCAGCUGAAAUUGAGAAACUCAAGGAAGAAAACGAAAAUCUCAAGCAAGACUUAGAAGAAAACCAGAAGACCUUCAACUCUGAAUUACAAGAAGAAAGAGAUAGUCUAAAGUUACAAUGUGAAGAGUUCAAGCUUGAACUAUCACGGAAAAUAAAUGAGUUCUCUGCUGAAAAUAGUAAAAUGGAGAAAGAAUUUACUAUACAACAACAAAAAUAUGAAUUCUUGGAGACUCAACUCAAGGAGAGUCAAGAGAAGCUAGAAGAGAAUAGGAAGACCCAUGAAUCUAUGCUCAAGGCAGUUCAGAAUAGAGAGACUGAAAAAGAAGGAGUCAUCGAAGAAGCUGAUAAAAAGAUUGAGCAAAUCAAGCAAGAGCAUAUCCAAGAAAUGAAAAAUUUGGAAGAAAGAUUCGAAACAACCAACAAGAAACUCUCUGAAGAACUUGAUAAGCUUAGAAAGAGUGAAGGUGAUGCCAAAAUGCAACUCAAGUUACACACAACUGAUGCUACCAAGGAAAUCGCUAACCUGACUGAAGCCUUAGAAAAGGCUCAAAAAGAGAGAGAUCAACUUAGUAUUGAAGCUAAGGAUCUUGAGCAAUCCAAGCAGACACUUGUGCAACAUACUGAAGAAAGAUAUAGAAGUCAAGUAGACAAACUUGAAAGAGACCUUGAAGAGAAGAACAUUAUCAAUCAGACUGAGAUAGAAGAGCUGCAAAAGAAGUUCGAAGAAGAUUUGGCCCAACUGAAAUCCUUCUAUGAAAUUGAAAAAGAGGGACUUAAGAAAAAGAUUCAAGAUGAGAAGAAUAAAGGUGUUAAGAAUGUCAAGAAUACCGUUGAAGAUUAUGAACAAAGAAUCCAAGAUGAACAAUUCCAACAUGAGGAAGAACUUGAUAUGCUCCAAGAUGAACUUAGAGAUAAGUCUGAUCAGCUUGAAGCUUUGGGACAUAGAUUCGAUCAGGAGAUGUCUCUUUCAGAGCAAAAGAUUCAAUCAUUAGAGCAACAUCUCAAGGAAACAAAGGAAGCAUUAGACAAUGUUCAGGUGAAGAAUACAGUUGCCAUGGACAGUCAACUUGUCACCUUCAACAAGGAAAGGAAAGAGCUGUUGAACAAGACUGAUGAGAUUCAACAAAAAAUUACUCAGAAAGAGAAAACCAUUACUUCUCUUGAGAGCAAGAAUGAAUCUUUGGCAAAUGAUAUUAGAAAGAAAAACGAGGAAGUUGAGCAACUGAGAAUAGAAUUCAGCGAAUCCAGGAGUGUUCUUGAGAAACAAAUUGAUGAUAUGAGAGAGAAGAGCCAACUGAUAGCUGAUGAAGUUAUGCAAAAGAAACUUGAGUCUGGAAGAGAAGAAGCCUUGACAAAACAGAAGAUUGAAUUCCAAGAUAAGAAGAUUGAGGAAUUACUGAAAGCCUUAGCUGAUAGCUCCACCAAGUAUCAAGAAAAACUUGACUCUCAAAAGAGUGAGCAAACUCAAGAAGUUAAUGCUAAGAUGGCUAAAAUCAUUGAAGAGAAGGAUAAGGUGAUCGCCAAAUUUGACGAGAAGAAGAAAGCUUACAAAGAACUUGAAAAGUCAACCUCAGUUAAAAUUACCAAGCUUGAGCGUGAGAAGGCCUCACAUCUGGAUAGGAUCGAAAAUCUUGAGAAGGAAAUCGAGAAGAAAUCAGAGCAAUAUAAGAAACAAAUGGAUUCCUUUAAAGAAAAGAUUCAUGAAUUGCAAGAUAAAGGCUCAAAGACUACUCAAGAGAGUCUAGUCAAAUACGAAGAACUCAAGGAACUCUAUGCUGAAUUGGAGAAAGAGAGAAACGAUCUUCAGAGUAAAUAUGACAAAGAUCAAGCUCUUUGGAAGACUCAAGCUGAAUUCACCAAAGAGCAAAAGGAAUCUCUCAAGAAUGAUGUUGAAGAAGGAAAGAGAAAGUUAAAGGAAGCCAUCCUUCAACUUCAGAAUAAAGGAUCCUCAGUUGAUCAAGAAAAGAAGCAAAUGGACAUGUUCAAUCGUAUGGAAAAAGAAUAUAAGGACAAGAUGAACAAGGUGCAGGAAUCACAUGAAAAUUAUGUCAAUGAACUUUUGGACAAAAAUAAAGAUCUUGAACAGAAAAACCAUGCUUUACAAGAGAAGUAUGAACUAACUUUCAGAGACUCAAGCUCAUCUGCCAGAACACUUGAGAAACGUCUGAACGACCUUGAGCAAAAAGAUAUUGCUCAACAAGAAGAAAUCUCUCAAUUAAAACAACAAAGAGAUAAGGCCAUCCUUGAGCAUCAGCAGACAAUUGAUAGAGAAAGAGAAACUCUAAAAUCAAAAAUAUCAGAAAUUGAAAGAAAAUUCAUGGCCUCUGAAUCAGAUAAAAGUAGUUUGAAAUUCGAAAUCGAAAAGCAACAAGCCAGAUGGAAUACGGAAAAAGACAACUUCGAUAGCAUCAAAACUGAAAUGCAAGAUACUAUCACUAGACUCGAAAAGAGGAACGAAAACUUGGUGAUGCAAAAUGAGAGACUCAAGGAAAAGACAAAGAACCCAAGAAAGUAUAACAAGUAUGGUGGUAUAAACACCUCUUCAUACUUGGACAGCAGCCAAUCCAGCAGAUUCAUGACUGGAAAAUACAUUGGAUCAGGAAGAGAAGCAGACUCAGACACUUAUAGCAAUAACUCUGGAAAGGAGAACAGGUUCAAGACCUUGACCACUAAGUACAUUGGAGAUGGAAAAGAAAGUGAUAAAAGGAGAUCCCCAUAUGAAAGCGAUAAAGCUGGAGAGCUACCAACCAAAGAAACCGAAUCAAUCAGCACCCUCAGUCCUCAAGAUGAUGGAGAUGAUCAAAAAUAAGGACACUCAACAAGAUUAAAGGAGGAAGGGCUAUUUUAACUACUGAUUUCCUGUUAGAGUCCUCUAUAAAUUAAUCCCAAGAAUUAGA